GACAAGUGUUACCAGUACUGGCCAGACCAGGGCUGUUGGACCUAUGGUAAUGUCCGGGUGGCUGUGGAAGACUGUACUGUGUUGGUGGACUACACCAUACGGAAGUUCUGCAUACAAUAUCAGGCCAGUGACGGCACCAAGCCCUCCAGGCUGGUCACCCAGCUCCACUUCACCAGCUGGCCUGAUUUUGGGGUGCCCUUUUCCCCCAUCGGCAUGCUCAAGUUCCUCAAGAAAGUCAAGACGGUCAACUCCUCCUUCGCUGGGCCCAUCGUGGUUCACUGCAGUGCUGGUGUGGGAAGGACAGGGACCUUCAUUGUGAUUGACGGCGUGAUUGACAUGAUGCACCAAGAGCAGAAGAUUGACGUCUUUGGUUUUGUGUCCAAGAUAAGAGACCAGCGCUCGCAGCUUGUACAGACAGACAUUCAGUACUCGUUCAUCUACCAGGCCCUGUUGGAAUACUACCUGUACGGAGACACAGAACUGGACGUGUCAUCUCUAGAAGGACACCUGCACAAACUCCACAACACCCACGCCUUCGACAGGGUCGGCCUGGAGGAAGAGUUCAAAAAACUGACCAACAUGAGGAUAAUGAAGGAGAACAUGAGGAUGGGAAAUCUCCCUGCCAACAUGAAGAAGAACAGAGUGCUCCAGAUUAUUCCAUAUGACUUCAACAGAGUGAUUAUGUCCAUGAGAAGAGGCCAAGAGUUUACUGACUACAUCAAUGCUUCAUUUAUAGAUGGCUACAGGCAGAAGGACUACUUCAUAGCGACCCAGGGUCCUUUAUCUCACACGGUAGAGGACUACUGGAGGAUGGCGUGGGAGUGGAAGUGUCACUCCGUCGUCAUGCUGACGGAACUACAGGAGAGGGAGCAGGACAAGUGUUUCCAGUACUGGCCCACAGAGGACUCAGUGACCUAUGGAGACUACACUGUAGAGAUGAAGGGAUGCACUGUGUGUGACAGCUUCAGUGUACGGGAUCUGGUACUCACCUAUGGCCCAGAUAAGCAGACACGUCUGGUCCGCCACUUCCAUUUUCACGGCUGGCCAGAGAUCGGGAUCCCAGCCGAAGGGAAAGGAAUGAUUGACAUCAUCGCCUCGGUGCAGAGACAGCAACAGCAGUCAGGAAACCAUCCCAUCAUCGUACACUGCAGUGCUGGUGCAGGGCGAACAGGUACGUUCAUUGCACUGAGCAAUAUCCUGGAGCGGGUCAAGGCUGAGGGCCUACUGGACGUCUUCCAGACUGUGAAGAGUUUACGGAUGCAGAGGCCACAUAUGGUCCAGACCGUGGAACAAUACGACUUCUGCUACCGCGUGGUACAAGACUUUGUGGACAUUUUCUCAGACUAUGCCAAUUUUAAAUGAUGAAAUAUUUGCCUUACAAACAUUUUUUUUGUUCAAAUGUUGUUGUUUUUAAAGUUUUUUUUUAAUACCGGUUGGUCAGGCUUUGUGUUUAGUCCUUAGAAGGAUUGAAAGGUUUUCUAUUUUGCUAUGCACUUGUCCUUACUGUAACUAAAAACUCCAUCCCUCGCUGUAAUAUACUGUACGUCAACGGACAAAGAUUUGUAAAUGCCAAAAUGUAAGAUUAAUAAUGUAUAUUUCACGUCAUGUAUAAUAAUUAUUUUGCAAUGAAAUUCAAGUGUUUGUUUUUUUUAAACCUUGAGUCUCUUUAUUCACAUGUUUUAGUUGUUGUAUGAUACUGUACUUUUGUUAAACAUCUUGUUUAUUCAGACUGAGUGUUUACUUUGACCGUUCUUGUUUCCUUUUGAAAAGAGGCGCUAUUGUAAAUGUUUUACGUAUCGAUAGCAGACCUUCCAUUUAAUUGCAUUCUAACGACGUUAUGUGAAUAUUAAUUAGUAAGAUAUUCUGACAUGGCUUCUAUCUGUGACUAGAGGUGAUAUCUCAUCUAUCUUUUUUUGAAUUGGAAAUAACCCUUUUAUUUAAAACAAUAUAUAUAUAUAUAUAUAUUAAGGUCUUUACAAUGCAAGUUUUUUCAGGCACAAUAUCAAGAACACAGAAGAAAAAAAAUAUGCAAAGUAUUGAAUAUCAAGUUACUCCAUUAUUAUUAUUAUUAUUAUUAUUAUUAUUAUUAUUAUUAUUAUUGUCAAGGAUAAUAGUUUAAAACUACAUAUUAAGGAAUUGUAAGAAUUAGUUUCCAUUAACCUGAUGGAUGUAGUCGCCUACUUCACUACAGAAAAUCAACAUUCAACUACACACAUAAUAACAAGGUACCAGUAGUAGUACUAAUCAGUAGUACUAAUCAGUAGUACCAAUCAGUAGUACUAAUCAAAUCAGUAGUACUAAUCAGUAGUACUAAUCAGUAGUACUAAUCAAAUCCGUAGUACUAAUCAGUAGUACUAAUCAGUAGUACUAAUCAGUAGUACUAAUCAAAUCAGUAGUACUAAUCAGUAGUACUAAUCAGUAGUACUAAUCAGUAGUACUAAUCAGUAGUACUAAUCAGUAGUACUAAUCAAAUCCGUAGUACUAAUCAGUAGUACUAAUCAAAUCCGUAGUACUAAUCAGUAGUACUAAUCAAAUCAGUCGUACUAAUACAAACAUACUCCAGUUUUUUAAAAUCCACGGCACAACAUGCAACUACACAUAUAAUAACAAGGUACCAGUAGUAGUACUAAUCAGUAGUACUAAUCAAAUCCGUAGUACUAAUACAAACAUACUGCAGUUUUUUUUAUCCACGGCACAUAUUCUGAAGCACAUGUACAUCACCCAGCAUACCACCAAGGAAUAGCACAGAUACAUUCGGACAAAUGUGUUAAAACUGAAAAGUUACAGUCAUCAUUUGUAUAUUCAUGUGUAUUGCUUUAAUAGCAGUUUGGAUUAAAAAAAAAUGUUUUUGUUAAA